CUUCAACACACUAAACCAAACACGUCAAAAUUUAUCGUCAUUUUUCAAAAAUCCUUUUUAAUUUAGAUUUAGAAACAAUAGUCAUAAAAAUAAAUCAAAAUUAAAUAUGCAGCAAAGGAAAAAUAAUAUUCCAACAUACUAUCACAACGAAUUUGCUCAGACGAGUCAAAAUAAUUUUCAAAAUCAACAGAAACAACAGCAAACUGUUUCUCCGCAAUUGAUUUCUAAUAUGAAUCCUUUUAACGUAAAUCAACCAGGAUCUAGCUUUCAGCAUCAACCUUUUCAGCAAUAUCAGACGACGGAUUGUAUUGGUGGUCAACAAGUACCUAGUCAAAAUUUAAUAUCGAAUCCUUAUCAACAAAAUCCAAAUAUGUGUUCAAGUACACCGGGAAUGCAAAAUCAAAAUUAUUUCGGAUCCUUGACUCAAGGACUUCUGGACCAAUUUCGUUCCUGUAUAAACAGUGCAGCGCCAAUUUUCAUUUUGCCCAAUGCAUGCCCCAAUCCUGCCCCAACAACGCCCCAAUUGCCAAACUCUAUUUUAGGACAUAACAUGGGAUAUCCUGUGAAUUAUCCACCAAUGGGUGUACCAUACACAUCUCCUCCUGUUUGUAUUCCCUAUGCACUUCCAAUUCCUAUUUAUAAUAAUAUAACGAAUCAAGAUCGUAGAAAGGAAAAAUCAAAUAAUUGUGAAUGUUGUCCAAAAAUGGAAAUGAUGAGAGAAACAUUUAAGAAUCCAAAUAUUUUCAAUGAAUUCACAGAACACAAAUGUAAAGAAUCUAGAGAAGAGAAUACAAUUUGUACAAAGAAACAUUGUCCAUCAUCAUUGAAUUUACAAGCAUUGGCAUCACAAUUUCUUGCAAUUCCAGGAAUAAUAUCAUGUGCAUCAACUCGAUUAAUUUUAAGAAAAGUUCCUGGUUCAAAUAUAAUUACAAAUGUUGAUGAAACAAUUAAUACUGCGGUAAUGGCAAUCAAUCAAUUGAAUAAAGAUCAACUUUUAACUGAAUCAAAAAAUGCCCAACAAAUUAAUGCUUUAAUAAAUAUUCACAUGAAUGCAAAUCCUCCAUCAAUUAUUAUUCCCAUUUUGACAAUGAUUCAAUUAAAAGUAAAUUUACUUAAGGCACAUGUGGAACAUUUAAUAAAUAAAAAAUUAAUGGAAAAUCAAGGAAUUGGAGCUGAAGGAUCUGGUAAUUUAGAUCCUCUUGUACUAACAUUGAAAACAGAUGCUGAACUUAGAGAAUUUUUAGCUGCUCUUCGAGAAAAGGAAUGUCAGGAAAGGGUAAAUUUUAAUUUCGCCCCAUAUCAUGCUCAACGAUUAUUGUCGGAAAGUCAUUUGAACAAUAUCCAAAGUAAAAUAUCUCAAGUGGAAGAUGAAAUGAAUAGAAGACGUAACAGUUCAAUUCCGAGGACGUCAAUUGUCAAUCGUUUACAGUGUCAAAUUACAAAUCCAUGUUAUUAUAAUAAUUCAUUAUUGAGCGCUGCUGAAAAUUAUCCAACGCAAACAUACGAGUCUCCUGAUCCCUUCAUCAUCCAAGUACGCAAUCCCAAGCGACUUAACUUGAAACCUCACGUUGGAAGUCCUGAGACAACUUACGAACAAUCCAAAGAUUCUGUUAAGGAUAACGAAAAUGUUUGUUGUAACGUUUCAAAAGAAAAUUUAGAAAACAAUAAUCGUUCAUCAACCUCGUCAGAUCAUUCACCAGAAAAUAAUUUUAAAGAUGAAAAAAUUUCUACCGAGAAAUCUAAUGAGAAUAAUCAGUUAAUUAAUUGUAAAGAUAAUGAUAAUAAGGAAAUUAAAUCAAUUGGAAACGCAGUAGAUGUUUGCAAUAAUAAUGAUAAUGAUGUAAAAAAAACAUCGAAUCAAAAUGAUAUAGAAAAUUCUGAAAUUGACAAUAUUCCAUCGAAAGAAUUUAGUCAAAAAUGUUAUCAAGAACAUAAAAUUGAUUUAGAGACAGAAAAUUUAGAGGAAAAAAAUACGAAUGAUUUGAUGAAUAAGACAAGAGGGAAAAAUCAACCCGAAGAAAAUAACUGUAAAGAAAUUAAAACAUUAGUGAGUGAAGAUUUAGAAAAUGAAAAUAAAUUAGCAAGCGAUGAUACCGAUCAUCAGAGAGCAAAUGAGGAUGACUUGGAUGAGGACAGUGUUAUGGCAGAUGUUUAGGAGGGCAAAUAAAGAUUAGAAAAAGAACUCAUUGCAAAAAAAAAUUGAAAAAACUUUUCAAGAAUCUUACUGUGAUUUAUAAUCGGUCUGUUUAUACUUAAAAAUCACAAAAUUAGCUUUUUUGACAGGCCAGAAGUGCCAGCACAGUCAGUUCAGCUGUCUGAAAUAUCCUAAUGUCUCGCCACACAGGCUGUCUCGCCACUGCGGACAACGCCCUACUUAAUGAAAAAAAAACAAUUUACCAAUGUAGACCAUUUAUUUUGUUAAAAUAUGCCAUAUAAUAAUUUAUAAUGGUAUAAUUUUUUGUAAAUAAUAAUACAAUAAAUAAAAAUCUAGAUUAUAUUUUGGAUUGCAAUAGAAAAUGAACUAUAAAAACCAGCGGAUUAGAGUUUUUUAAAAAAAAUUGAUAAAACAGUUUUCGAAAUAGUGGAAUGAUUUUAAUAACGAUAGAAAUAUGUAAAUUUCUAAUGACAUUAAUAUUUAUACAAGUAAUAAAAUAUCAGUUCUGUAAAUUCA